CUUUGCUGGGGCGCUCCUGAUAAGUGCCAGUUUCAUCAUUGUUAUGUUUUCGGAUGGUCUUUGCAGCUGCACUUUUUCACUUAGGCUACAUUCACAUUACCAGGCUGAAGUGACUCAAAUCCGAUUUUUUCAAAUCAAGUUUGAGUCACUUGGUUUUCGUUCACAUUACAAGCCACAUUGCUCAAAUCAGAUUUUUUUGCUCAGAUCAGAUUCGUCUAUUUUGAGGGUUCACAUUCACUGUAAAUGUAAGUGAUCUGUAUCUGUGUGUAAUGUGAACGAAUCUGUUCCUGAAACGCCUCACAUGCUGCACAUUGAUACACAGUGUAUAAACAUCUCCUUCUUCACCAACAACGUAAAAAAAAAAAACCUCCUAUUAGAGAGACGAGAGACUCGUAGCGUUAUAAAGGGAAAUGGAUCAUAUGUGGAGCAUCUUUUGCUGGAGUGGAGAAACAGGAAACAGCUGCUCUGAAGUUCAUGCUCAGGUCGAAGAGGUGAAAAAAAGCCCAAUGCUUCAGCUGUGUAAGGUUACAGAAGGCCUGCUGAUCAGCAAUGCGCGCUCAGCCUGCAGUGACGAGCUCAUCCAGCAGGAGGAGGUGACGCUCUGCAUCAACGUCUCCAAGCAGCAGCCCUUCCCAUCCACCAGGGUCGCCACCUUCCGGGUUCCGGUCUUCGACGACCCUCACGAGGACCUCUCCAGGUACUUCGACCGCUGCACCGACGCCAUCCACAGCGAAAAGGCUCGGGGAGGCCGGACGGUGGUCUACUGCAAGAACGGCCGCAGCAGGUCAGCCACGGUCUGCGUUGCCUACCUCAUGAAGCACCAGGGCCUCUCCUUAACAGAGGCCUUCGAGAUGGUGAAAAGUGCCCGGUCAGUGGUGGAGCCUAACCCUGGCUUUUGGGCUCAGCUGGAGCUAUAUGAGCAGGAGCUGAAGAUCAGGAGAACACAACAGACAAACAAAUGCCUGCAGUUCUUCCAGUUUUCGAUACAGCGGAUAUUUUCUCAAAGAAGACAUACAUCGUAAAAUAUAUGGCGAAAACAAUUUGUAAAUACACGCCCAUACACUUCUAUCAGCCUUAAAAAAAAUAAGAGAGCACUUCAGUUUCUGAAUCAGUUUCUCUGAUUUUGCUAUUUAUAGGUUUAUGUUUGAGUAAAAUGAACAUUGUUGUUUUAUUCUAUAAACUACAGACAACAUUUCUCCUAAAUUCCAAAUAAAAUAUUCUCAUUUAGAGCAUUUAUUUACAGAAAAUGAGAAAUGGCUGAAAUAACAAAAAAAAAUUGCAGAGCUUUCAGACCUCAAAUAAUGCAAAGAAAACAAGUUCAUAUUCAUAAAGCUUUAAGAGUUCAGAAAUCAAUAUUUGGUGGAAUAACCCUGGUUUUUAAUCCCAUGCAUCUUGGCAUCAUGUUCUCCUCCACCAGUCUUACACACUGCUUUUGGAUAACUUUAUGCUGCUUUACUCCUGUUGCAAAAAUUCAAGCAGUUCAGUUUGGUUUGAUGGCUUGUGAUCAUCCAUCUUCCUCUUGAUUAUAUUAAUUAUAUUAUAUAACUCUCAUUUUUUCCACGGCUGUAUAUAUAGUAGUGCAUCUCAAAAAAAAUGAUGUCAUUAAAAAGUUACUUUAUUUCAGUAAUUCAGUUGAAAAUGUGAAACUCAUAUAUUAUAUAGAUGGGUUUUCACGCCAAUGAAAACCCAAAAAUCAGUAUCUCAGAAAAUUAGAAUAUUAUAUAAGACCAAUUGGUACUUUUUGGCACUACUGUGGGCAGUGUGCCAAGUCCUGCUGGAAAAUGAAAUCUGCAUCUCCGUAAAAGUUGUCAGUAGCAGAGGGAAGCAUGAAGUGCUGUAAUAUUUUCCAGGAAAACACUGCACUGACUUUGGGUAGUACAAUGGGCUGCGAAGGAUACAUCAGCUGCGUCCUUGAAAUCACUCAGCAUAAAUCAUAAGCAUAAAAUCAGUGCUGUGAACAUGAUGUUUUAGAUGAUCAAUUGCAUCUGGUGUCAUUGAUAAAUCAUUAAAAAAAUGUUAAAAAUGCUUAAAAUAAUGUUUUGAUUCACGUCACACAUUUCUGUAAAUUUAAGAGAAGAGUAUUAUACAGUAUUAUGAUUGUUUUUUACAUGUUAUGAAUUUUAUUGUUGUUUCUUUUUUUUGUGGAAAGAAAAGCCAUCCUUCCGUCGCAUUUCUGAUACAGUUUUGUCAAUUUAUUGAUAACUUUAAAACUGAAUGCAAGUGUAAUUAAUAACCUAAGUAUAUUAACUACCUGUAUAAUAAUUCAUGAUGUAAUAAUAUUGCUGAAUAAUAAUAACUCUACAUGUUUUAAAAUGGCGUGUUGUACUGAAAGGGCUCCUGUUCACACUGUGUCUAUAAAUUCACUUUGAAAACUGAAUUAUUUCAAAGUGUCUUUCCUCCGCAUUUUACUUUGCACUAAAUGUUCUGUCCAAAUGUUUGUAGGUCACCCAUUCUUUAAGCCAUACACAUUGCUGACACAGAUGUGCAAAUGCACACACACAGUUUGUCUAAUCAAGUGUAGUAGAGAAGUAUUGCCAAUAGAAUAGGACUGUCUAUAGGAGCUUCAAAAAUCCUAUUUCAGAGUGAGAAAAACAUACUUUCACCUCACAAAGUCUGUCGUUUGUAACCGAGACUCAAAAUAUGAAUGUACUGUGGCCUAAUAUUAUCACUGUGUAACUUUAUUAUUGGACUAUCUGGAUUAAUAAAAGCAGAAUGUUUAUUACACAAUCAUUUAAUGUUUCAUUUUAUUUUUUGAUCAUUGAUCAACAGAAUGAUUUUGGGGUAUUCUCUUAAUUUUCUCAUAGUUUGAA